UUCCACAUUUUCAGCACCAGGCGGCCAAUUCCGUUAUGGCGGCUUGGAGGUUGCGGCGGUGUCCGUUUCCCGCCCGAGACUUGUUGCAGAGAAGGCUCGUCGUUUCGGGAGUAUCUGGCUCUUUUAGGGAAGGGGGCGACAGGUACGUUGGAUCGGAUCGACGCGAAACCGGGAGUCCCGUUAAUGACUUGGAAAGGCACCGUUCAGAAAAUGCAACCCUUCUGGAAAAAUCCCCCAUCGUGAAAGAAGAAACUAUUUUCCUUCCAAGAAAAAAAAUCUGGGAUAAAUCAGCAGUUCUUCAGGCACUUGCAUUAACUGUAAACAGGGAUAUUACAGCUGUUCCCUAUGCGUUUCAAGAUGAUCCUUAUCUUAUCCCCAGAAAUUCUUCAGAGCAUCAUUUCUUUUCCACAUCAAAAACAUCAGGACAAAAUGCAGCCAAAUUUGUUAUUAACACACAUCCUGAACUUUUUGAGAAAGACUAUGCUGAACCUCACAUUCAGAGUCUUAUGCCAAAAAUGUCGGUAUUGCAACUUGAAGAAGUGAGUGAGGUUGCAUUAAAAAAUCUAAUUCAGCUAAGAAAAGUAAAAGCAUCUGUGAAUAUGUAUGAUCAGCUUCUACAAGCAGGAACAAGUAUACCUCUGGAGACCUCGAACAAUCUUCUGGAUCUUCUGUGUUUUUAUGGAGAUAGAGAACCAGAUCAGGAGAAUGAUAGCAGUUUAGAAAAACAAGAAGAAACUGCGCCAAGAAGGGAGUUUGCAAGGAAUUCUUCUAAAUCCCAACAAAUUACAUGGAGGGAAAACAACAAUGCUGAGAGAAUAUUUCACCUAAUGCCUGAAAAAAAUGUACAUUCCUAUUGUACAAUGAUCAGGGGAAUGGUGAAGCAUGGAGAGUGCCAAAAAGCUUUUAACAUGUACGCUGAUAUGGUGAAUAAAAAUCUUAAGGCUGAUGUGAGCACCUUCAAUACACUUAUUUUAGCAGCUGUAGAUGUUAAGGAAAAAUACAUUGAGAAAUGGGCAUGUAUUGAAGACUUGCUGAGGCAGAUGGCUGAACAGGAUAUACAACCAAAUCUGCUAACUUUUAAUUCUAUCCUGAAAGCAUUGAAGCAGUGUGGUAAAGUAUCCCGGGCUAAGGCUAGACUGAUCUUGAAUGAGAUGAGAGCACUAAAUAUAGAGCCUAGCUUCGCAACGUAUUACCAUUUGUUGUGCAUGUCACAUAACAUUGCUGGAUUUUCUGAUUCCCAGUCCCAUAUACUAUAUGCUAUAGUAAAUGAAAUUGAAAGAAAAACUUUUUCUCCUCAGGAUCCAGAUGAUGUCUACUUCUUUCCAAAUGCAAUGAAAACAUGUCUGGAACUGAAGGACGUCCAACUUGCUUAUCGACUACAUAGAGUGCUGCAGAAAGCAGAGAACAGGAUAACGUUGCGAAAUAUGACACAGAAGAACUUUUAUUAUAUGUCAUUUUUUGAAUUGUUGGCUGUGAUGGAACACUUUGAUGUUUUGUUGAAGUGGUAUAAAGAACUGGUUCCAUCAGAAUUUUACCCAAAUAUUAGAACAAUAAUGGUGCUUCUUCAGGCAUUGGACUCUGGCAAUUGCUUGGAAUUGAUUCCCCAGAUAUGGAAAGAUAUUAAGCAAUUUGGAUUUAGUCUCAGAGACACUAUUGUACAAGAAGUUCUGGCUCUUAUGGCAAGAGAUGUACAGUCUCCGGAGACCCAAGUUGCAUUUGCUGAUUGUGCUGAAAACAUAAAAUCUCUGCAUGACUUAAAGAGCAAGAACAUGCAACUCCUGUGGAAAGACACUUCUCUUAAUAACACCACAAUACUUUUUGCCAGGGCUGGCAGAACACAAGAAGCUUGGAACAUGCUACAGCUGUUUAAAAAACACUCUCAAGUUCCCAGUGAUUUGACAGUGAAAGAGAUAUUCGGUUGCAUUAAACAAAGUACACAAGCGGAGAAAGCACUGGAACUAGUAAAGCUGACUGCUGAAUAUGGGAUACAAUCAACGUCCGUGCUUGCCAAGUCAACUCUAGAAGAAUUUGAGCUCUCUGCAGAGCAAAGGCAGACUCUGGUUGAUAUAAUAGAAGGAAGCUGUGGUUAUAAAUAGGGGUCAGAAGAGAAACCCCUUCCUCUUUGCUGAAAGAAAAAGUAACUUACCUGAUCUCAAUAUAGCGGUCAGAGAGUGGCCCUGAAAAUCUCUGCGAACCUUGUACAUAACUGUAUUAUAUUGGUAUUAUUAUCAUGUGGAUUCUCAUCUGAUGGCAGUUGGUAGGAAGUUCUGGUUUCACCUGUUUUGGAGUGUUUGUUCUCAUUCUCUACAACCUCAGUUUUUAAAACACAGUGUCUGCCAGAAUCGUAGAAUUAUUUACUUACUAUAUUGCAUCUACAUUUUCCUUGGAGAGGCUAAUAGAAAUAAAGAGUAAUCCAUUUGCCUCUUUUCAACAGAUGUUUUUUUAUUUAAGCUAAAUCUAUUUGAACUGACUAAAGAGCUCUAAAGAGGAGCAACAACAAGAAGUGUUAGAAGAAGAACAAGGAGGAAGAGAUAAAGAAGAAAGAGAUAGACCAAGAAGAGAAGGACUGUGAACAAGACCCCAGAGAGAAGCAAGGACCAAUAGAAGACCAAGACAGACCUACUAUUAAUAAGAUGGAAGAAGAAAUUAGAUUAAUUUCACUAAAUAUCAAUGGAUUGAAUUCCCCGACCAAGUGAAGGCAAAUGUUAACAAAAUUAACAAAACAGAAUGUUGAUAUUAUAUGCCUUCAAGAAGUACAUAUCCAAAAAUCAGAGUAAAUAUUUGGAAUUCCCCAAAUUAGGAAAAUUAUAUGUAGCAUUGGCAAAUCAAAAGAAAAGAGGGGUGGCUAUGUAUAUAAAAAAAGAGAUGAACGCAAAACAAAUUUACGUGGAAAAACAGGGCAGAAUCUUAAUGGUACAAUUGGAGAUAUCGCAAAAACAAGUAUUGUUAGUGGGAAUAUAUGCACCGAAUGCGAAUCAAAAAAUGUUUUAUCAAAAAUUAUAUGAUAAAAUAGUGGAGACAGGACAGACUAAGAUAUGCUUGGUCGGAGACUUUAAUGCCAUAAUGGAUACUUAAAAAGAUUGGUAAAGAACUAAAAAUAAAAAAGAACUGUCUACCAAAACCAUUCUGUGACUUAGUACAAGAAACUAAUCUAGAUGAUAUAUGGCAGAAAAGACACCCAAAUGAAAAAAGGUAUGCAUUCUAUUCCAACCCCCACCAAUUGUGGUCCUGAAUUGAUAUGGUGUGGACAAAUAAGACAAUUGGAAAUGAAAUAUCCAAAGUAGAAAUAAUGCCCAAUAUAUAUGGGCAGACCACAAUUCGUUAAAAAUUACCUGGAAAGGACAAAGGAAACAGAAAAUGAGAUGGACGCUAAACACAUAAGUCCUAAAAGAAAAAGAUUUUAUACAAAAAAUGAAAAAUGAAUUGGAAAUAUUUUUCAAUAUAAAUUUAAAGGACCAUACUAAUUUGCAGAAUUUAUGGGAUACAGCAAACACUUUUAUGAGAGGAGUAUCAAUAGCUUAUGCAAUUAGAAAAAACGAGAUGGAAAAGAAACAACAAAAUGAACUAAGAUAAAAAUUAAAGAACUAGAAAGAGACUUCAAAAGGAUCCAAAGAAUGAGACAAAAAAGAAAGAAUGAAGACUAGACAUAAAUUAAACUUAACAUUCCUAGAAGAACGAGCACAAAACCUAAAAUCUAUGAAACAAAACUUUUGAAUCAGCUAACAAACCAGGUAGAUGGCUAGCCCAUAAACUAAAAGUAGAAAAAGGAAGAGCUCGAAUGUUCUAAGGAUGUCUUUUUUGCUUUUAUGUACAUCAAAACUAAACAGCUGGCCCAAAAUAGAAAUAUCACCAUUGUUAGAAUAGCGCAUAUUUCAAUGUCACAAUGUAGUUCUGCAGAUUUAAUACUUUCAAAAGCAACAUGGUGUAGAAAGUGUUUCCCCCCUUAAUGAAGCACAUUUGAUUUGGUGGUGGGUUUACAUGUUUAUUUUGGUUUGGUUUGAAAAACAGGCUGAUUUUUAAAAUAGAUUUGUGAAUAAUCUUUUCCUAUAGUAAGGAAUCCUAGAAUGGGCUACAUUUCUCCCUUGCUCAGUAGGCAGAGCCAAGAACGUAACUAUUUGAGGAGGGAGUACCCACCACUGAAUUCACUAAGAGAAGUCAAUAGAAUUCCACCUGUGAUUUUGAUUCUUCUGGAAUUUAUAGCCAUUGCCUACUUCUGGCUGAACAGCUUGCUAAAAAUAUACAAACAAAAUAUCUCUUACUUGGAAUUCCUCAUAUCCCAAGUAGAUCUAAUCAUUCUACAGUUGUCCAAUUAAUAUUGUUCCUUUACAAAUUCUCCCUUGGUUUUUGACAAUAAAAGCAGGGGUGGCUCCGGAUUUCUAUAAAACAUUCCUAUAGAAUUUAAUUUUGGUACAAAAAUACAAUCAGCGUGGAGAAUUAUAAAAAUCUUCAUCAUGAUAGCGGUUUUUUUGGAAGAGAAAAAUGCCUUUUUUUUUCUGAAGGCAGUGGUCAUUUACCAAAGAAGGGAAUUGUGUUAAAACUUUCAAAACCAAAUGCAGAUUCCACAGUGGCAACUUGUAUAUUAUAGAGAAACACUUUACAAAAGUUGUAGGAUUCCCAACAUGCCUGGAAUAGUGAAAAGAGUAAAACCUUAUCUGUUAAGAAUAUUGGAUCAUAGGUUCAAUCAUAGAUCCUUUCAAGACUAAACUAGGAAAAUAUUUAUGUCCGAGAC